AUGGUUCGCCCAGCCCGCAACCGUAAGCUCACCCAGAAGGGCCUCGAGCUCGAGACUCUCCGCCGCGCCCGCCAUCGCGCCGACGAAGUUCAAGAUGCCAACGACCACGGCGUUGCUCCCGCCACCGCAACUGCUCCUGUUGCCGCUACUACUCCUGCUGUCGCCGCUACUGCUGCUGCCACUGCUGCUCUCGCUGCCGCUACUGUUUUCGCCACUGCUCCUGCUGCCGACGAGCCCCAGUCUGCUGCUGCUGACGAGCCCCAGUCCGUUGCUGUCGAGCCCCAGCCCGCUGCCGUCGAGCCCAAGACCACCGCCGCCGACGAUCCCAAGCCAGCCGCCACUGGUAGACGUCGCCGUCGUGCCGCUACAGAUGAAGCCGGACCUUCUGAGCGUCCCGCCAAAAGAACCAAGCGCGCGGCUUCCGAGAAUGAUAAACAGGAGCCUGCUGCCAACCACACCCCCGUCCUCCAGGCCCCUCAGAAUGCCGUUGCCGGAACUCGCCGUCGCCGCGCCGCUGACAUGGACGCCGAACCCUCCGACCGCGCCGCCAAGCGAGCCAAGAGCGAGUCCGGAGCCCGCGAUGUUGCUCCCAACAACCAGUCUGAGUCGCUGCCAGAGCCAGAACCCCAGCAAAUUCCUGAGCCUGAGCCUGAGCCACAGCCACAGCCGCUGCAUGAACCAGAGCCCGAGCCCGAGCCAGAAACCCAGCCAGAGACGCUGCAUGAGCCCGAGCCAGAGCUUGAGCCAGAAACCCAACCAGAGGCGCUGCAUGAGACAGAGCCUGAGCCUGAGCCGGAAACCCAGCGUGAGACGCUGCAUGAGACAGAGCCAGAGCCACAAAAACAGCCACAGCCACAAAAACAGCCCGAGCCAGAACCCCAGCCAGAGCCCCAACCAAAUGAGAGCAAGGCCGAUGACGAGCCUGAGCAAAGACCUCGGCGCCGCACCGCCAAACCUCGCACCGCCGCUUCCAGUGCCAAGCCCGCCACACUGCCUGGAAAGCCCCUCAACAUCAACGACCAAGAUCCUCUCCAGAUCGAGCGCCAGAUCCGCGCCGAAAGGAGAGCCAAGCGCCUCCAGCAGAAGAAGGAGCUGGAGGAGCGGCAGAAUGAGAGCGCGCAGGAUGCCUCGGACAAGCCGGAGCGGGCCGCCGAGCCAGCCGCCGAGCAGGGCCCCAGCAUCCCCGAGGAUGUGUCCGACAAUAGGCCCGACACGGUCCGGAUGCUGGCGCAAAACGCCCUCGCCGAGACUGGCAAGCUCGCCGGAAGGCCGCCCAUCGCCCAUCCUGAGGCGCCCACCGGAACCCUGGCGGAGGGCGACGGUGGCGACCUCCUCGACGCCGCCCCCCCUGCCGCCAUGUCGAGCAAGGCGGCCGGGAAGAGGAAGGAGACGCGCGCCGCCAGCGACCAGGCCUCAAGCCCCCGGGCCGAGUGCAGCAAGGCGGCGACCGAGAGAGCUCGCGAGAUGGCCCCCGUGGCCGAUGGCACCAGACUGCCGCCCAUCUCGGACCUGAUCGGCGCCGCUGCACUGCCGCCCAUCUCAGACCUGAUCGACGCCGCCUGCGGCCCGUCGUCAUACUUUGACCGGGUCCUGGCCACCCACCUCGCCACCCUGCCAGGCGGCCCUGUCCUCGGUGCCUUUGGAUCCGAGGAGCAGCAACAGCAACAGCAACAGCAAGACCAACAGUUCCCGGCGCCGCGCGCCAUGGAAGACCUGCUGCCGGACCCGCAAUUCAGACACCUGGGCUGGGUCCAAUCCGAGGGGUACUAG